AAGGGGGAUUUAAAAAAUAAAUAAAAAAUUAUCAUCCCAUUAGACUACUCUCAGUUGGACUGGAACUAUCGAUUCAGGGCGUUCAGCGAACACAGACAGAGCCCUAGGACUUCCACCCUGCCGCCGUCUAUCUCCGCCGCCGCUUCCGUUGCCAAAAUCGGGAAUAUAACCUUCGGCAUAUCUUUUCUUACUUAGGGUUUCAGAACAUUCUGUAAUCUCUCACUCGGAUUCCUAAUCGAAUCCUUGUCCACUCUUUUCUCAGCUGUGCGAGAUUUGAGUGCGUGCAAAUACACAGGAUGGCUUACAUUCAAUACGGCCGAAAGCUUCUCCAGAGCUCUGAUCGUGUACUGCACCAUCCUUUGCUUUUUGCUGGUCAAGGUGUUAGAUACCGAAAGCUGGAAGUCAUUCUCACAACGAAUAUAGACAAGCUUGGAAAAGCAGGUGAGACAGUGAAGGUUGCGCCGGGAUACUUUCGCAACCACCUGAUGCCCAAGUUGCUUGCCCUGCCGAAUAUCGACAAAUUCGCUCAUCUUAUAAGUGAGCAGCGCAAGAUAUAUGAACCGAAGGAAGUCGAAGAGGUUAAAGUAGUUAAAAAGACUGAUGAAGAUCAUAUGAAAGAAUAUCAAACGGCGGCAAAACGUCUCGACAAUGCUAAGCUGGUUCUAAGAAGGCUUGGUAGUGGUGAAAAUGAAUUACGCUCACCUGUGACAAAAGAUGAACUCGUGGCCGAGGUAGCGAGGCAACUUUUUGUGCGAAUUGAACCUGAAAACCUGCAGCUUCCGAAUCCUCUGACCUCUUUGGGAGAGUUUGAGUUGCCGCUCCACUUGCCAAAGUCCAUCCCCUUGCCACCGGGUAAAGUUCAGUGGACUCUCAAUGUCAAAAUCCGGAGGAAGUAAUCAAGACAAGCUUCUUAGCUUGAUGAAUUAUAUGGAUGGAUGUUUCGGUCUUGGCCCACAGUUUGAAAACCCUAAAUGUUUUCACUAUUGCACACAGUUACCCUUGAUUUUGUAUCCUUAGACAAGAAGAGAGGAGGUUAAGAAAAUUUCGCAGGCUUGGAGACACCA